UCUGUGAAACCCAAUGUUGAGUACUAUCCUAAUGUCUGAUUACUGUGGAUUUCUAUGUAGUAGUUAAGAGUGCUGAUACUGGUGUGUAUGUGUCUGGAUUAUCAUCCUGGAAAUAUAACCUCACUAUGUACAGAGAGCUGAUUUCAUCUCACCACAAGGAGACAUACCUGUAAACUAUAUAGGAUUUUUUUUACUCCAGUAACUUGUUUAUUACCUGUCUUUAAGACCCAGGUGAAAAUUUGGCAUGACUCCAACUGAUGUGUAGUGACAGUAUCAUGUCAUAAAGUUUAAAGUGGUAUAAAACUUGAGGAUUAAUAAACAGACAAACGUGUAGACAGGUUUGUUGGUGUCUUACUAUAGUUACCUGUAUUUGUUCUAGGAUUCACUAGUUAGCGGAUAACACAACUGCACCAUGGACUUAUUACCAGUCCUGAUGCUCCUCCAGGUCACGGCCACUCUCUCCCAGGAUUGGCAUCGUGACUUUGAAGCUGUGAAGAUCUGGCAAAUCAAAGAUGUGCCAGGAAGACAGUCAUAUUCUGGUGUCAGUACCCAUUCUGACUACUUCAAACUUUUGUACACGGACCAAGGGUCAAUGUCAAUGCUAGUUGGAGCAAGGAAUGCUUUACACAAUAUCAGCAUGGUAAAUUUAGAGGAAAGUUUAGAGAGGAUUGAAUGGUCACCUAGACCAUUUGAUAUGGAUGUCUGCAAGAAGAAACAGAAAUCAGAGGAGGAAUGCCAAAAUUUUAUCCAAGUUCUUGGGAAAAAGGAUUCUGGAGACCUGCUUGUUUGUGGAACAAAUGCUUUUAAACCCAAGUGCAGAAGUUACCGGAAAAGCACGGAUUCUAUUGGCUAUACCCAGAUUGAGGAAGAGAGCGGAGUAGGAAAAUGUCCAUACAACCCCAACCAUAACAGUUCAUUUGUAUAUGCUGAUGGAAGGUUAUUUGGAGCAACAGUGACUGACAUAGCAGAACAGAACCCACUUAUUCUGAAUGGGCAGAUGAUCCGAACACGAUCACAUGACUCAAGAUGGCUCAAUGAUCCAAACUUUGUUGCUUCAUUUGAUAUUGAAGAUAAGAUUUAUUUCUUCUUCCGGGAGACAGCAGUGGAAAAUAUCAAUUGUGGCAAGGCUGUAUUUUCACGCAUAGCGCGAGUAUGCAAGAACGACAAGGGAGGUAACAUGGUGCUGGAUAACACAUGGACCUCAUUCUUCAAAGCACGUCUGAACUGUUCCAUACCUGGGGAAUUCCCUUUCUACUUCAAUGAAAUUCAAUCGACAUCCAACUUUUUCCAGGGGAACUAUCGCUCAACAGACUUAAGUAAAGACAGACAACAAAUGUUUUAUGCUAUUUUUACCACUCCUGAAAACAGUGUACGUGGAUCAGCAGUGUGUGCUUUCAGAUAUGAUGACAUUGUCAAUGUUUUCAAGGGCAAAUUUAAAGGCCAAGAAAAUUUUGGACAUGAGUGGUUACCUGUCCCGGAUGAGGAUGUUCCUAAACCCCAUCCUGAGUCCUGUUCUGAAAACAGCCUUGACCUUGGCGAUGAUACUAUGAACUUUGUCAAAUCCCACACCUUGAUGGACAGUGCUGUUCCAUCAUUUGGAGGCGCUCCCCUGCUGAUGAAACUCAGUCUAAAGUCUAGAUUCACAAAAAUCGCCAUCGAUUGGCAAGUCCAUGCUGCUGAUAACCGUUACUACGACAUCAUGUUUGUCGGCACAGAGGACGGGAGAGUGUUGAAGGCCAUAAACAAAGGACACACUAAAGAGAUAGAAUCCGUGAUUCUGGAGGAUAUUCAAGUGUUUGAGGACAAACAGCCAAUCACUGACAUCAAAAUCUUCCACGAUAAACAACAUGGACUAGACAAACUUAUAGUGAUGUCUAGAGAGAAUAUAAUGUCAAUCCCUCUUCAUCGCUGUGAACGAGCUCUUACCUGCAGUGAGUGUGUUGCACUACAAGAUCCCUAUUGCUCCUUUGUGGGCACUACAUGUGCGGCCUCGGAUCGAGGAUUACAGAAUAUUGUUGAAGGCAAACUACCAGCGUGUGGAGCCCCAUUAGAAACAACUACAAAGAAAGUGACACCGGAGCCAACAACUGUUGUCAUGUCAACAUCCAGCCCAAAAUGCAACUGUAGCUGUGGAGUCCCUAGCAACAACAUCCCCAAUCCUCAUUCUCGUAGCAACUUUGGAGUGACGAACAAUACAGUCACAAAAAUGCCACAAGCUGGCAUGACCGAGAAACCUGAUGAGAAUGCGUUUGCACCCAAGCUGAUGGAUGAAAGCUCAGUUGUUGUUGGCGAGAGAUUGGAGGAAGCAGAGCCAUCAUCAUUAAGUGUAGCAGAAACAGCAAUUGCUAUUGUGGUUGCUAUUGUAAUAUCCUCCAUAUUAAGUUUUGUGGCAGGCUACAAAGUGCGUUCCUGUACUCACACCAACGACGACAAUGAUGAUGCGUUUCUCACAGAAAAACAUGACAUUUACGGUUCUUUACAUAAAAAUCACCAACGGACAUUGUCACAAGACUCAAAUAAAGAACCAAGAUAUGUGAACCAUUCCGAUAUAAACAAUUCAAAUAAACAAUUAAAUUUAGUUGUGAACUUACCUAAAGGAUCAAAUUUACCCAAUGGCAAUGCGCCGGCUAAACCAAUUUCCAACAUGAACGUUCCGGUGUCUACAGAUAAUAAGACCUAUGUGUAGUAUAGAGUGAUUGUUGUGUUCUAUAAACGCACAAGUUAAGUGCUGUGAUAUACUCUUGGUUGACAAAGGUGUAAGGCCAGUGUUACCAGACAUACAUGGUUUGGGCUGUUCCAGCCAGCAGGUCCGGAAACUGACUGUGAGUUUUCUGGAUUGCAGUCUGUAGGGUUCAUCUGUUACGCAGAGUGACAUUUUUCAUCUGUGAUGUUAAAAUGUGGAAAAACAAUAACCGAUUCUUACAUUCCAAGAUGAGAUCAAAUGGAGGUACUUUCAGAAGCAGGUAUUCUGAAGAAGGUCAGAGGUUGCUGUGUGACCUAAACCUUACAGUGUGCAUCGUCAUUCCAAAAUGAAGGAUGUUCUUUGUCCCUCUUCAAUGUGAAUGAACAAACUGCCAUAGACAGUGGUAUAAGUGCUUAGAAGCUACAGACACAUUGCACAAUAAACAUACAUAUUGUACAUAUGUAUAUAUUGGAUGGAUUUACUGAAGAUGGCAACCCAUCAAUUGUAAUCAAACAGCUAGAAGAUCAUUACAGAGCCUCUUUAUAGAUUCUAGAAACAUCUUCUGAUUGAGCAGGUUCUUCAAAGUAAACCUAGGAACACAGGGGACUUUUCAUCUUGCAAACCUGAUUCAGAAAUUGCUCUUCUGAGACAAUGAAUCAUUGCGAUUACUCCAGCAGACUCCAUGGUGAUUAAAACUGGGUCUCUCCAUAUCAACACCACUCAACAAAUCUGCUUCUAUCGAAUCAAACAUUCAUGUUUUCUAUGAAAUGAAAACAACAGCUUGAAGGCAGCUAAGUUAAAGAUAAAAUUGAUCGAGUACCUCAACAUGGGGAAGCUCUCGCAGAGCUGAUUAGUAAAGGUCAACAACUAACUGGAGGUCAAGGUCAAAUUUUGGUCCAAGGAUUAACCAGGGAUCAUUGGACAAAUCCACCAUAGAGAGUGAGUGUUAAGUGUGUGGUAGGGAAAUAAUGACACUAUAUUAUUGACUUAAGUCCACACUGGUCAUAGAAAGGUAUGGUGAAGUAGAGGGGCCAUCAUACAGACAUUGUCAAAUGAACAUGGUGUGGUACUAACUAAAGUGUUCCCGACCACCAAUCAUAUACUAGGCUGUGUUUACACAACUAUUCUAUGCAUUUGCUCUGUGCAGUCACUGACAAUUCUACAGAGGAUAAAGUACUUAUUGCAUAAUUUUAAAUUGUAUUCAAAUCUUCUGUUCAUUUAAAAAGAAUGUACAAAAAUGUUUUUGUAGGAAGUCGGUGACUGUAUGGGUGCUUCGUUGUUAAUAUUAUUACUAUUAUUUAAAUGAUCUCAGUGUACUUUGUAUGUUUUAGUCCAAAAACAGGCCAGUGCUUCCUUAUCCACACCAUCUGAUUAUUCUCAAAGACAAACAUUUUGGAAUUAAUUAACUCAUUGGAAGAAUCUAGAUUUGAUUGGUUGAUUUGUUCUUGUCUGCAGUGUUUUUUCAAUGUGACAAAGAUGACAAAAAGAAAACUGAUUUUUAAAAGGAUGAUUCUUCAUGGUUAUCAAAAUAGAAAUUGAAUCCAUUUCAAAAUUUUAAAAAUGUAGUUUUCUUUGAAUGUAUGAGAUUUUGUGAAACAAAAAAAAACGACAAUAGGUAUUGCUGUCUACACAUGAGACGGUGGUUUGAUGUGGAUUGUUUAGAUGAUUGUGUAGAUAUGUCUCUGAUCCUAACCAUCUGACAACCACUAUUCAUCCAGUUACCCAAAGACUAUUAAAAGAUAACAGGAAUCAAAAUUUAAAACAAAAAAUGAAAAAACCAAUUUGAUACAUCUAUUUGAUAACGUGUGAUUCUGAAAUGUUUAGAUCCAGUUUUUUCAUGAAAACUGUUUUAGCAGAGAGUGAUUUACUGAGAGACAUUUUAGUAAAAGAUUUGAAGGAGGGGAUAGUGUGUUUGGUACCGCUGCUUACAAUCAUAUAGAUAGAAUUAGAAUUGGCCAAAGGAUCUCUGUUACCACACUAACACAGUGACCAGUACUUAUCACAGAAAGAGAAUGCUAAAUUCAUUUUACUGAAAGUUUUCCAGCUUUUGAGAUUCAAGACCAUUUUAUAGUUUUAAGAACACUUAAUAGAUAAUUUGAGUGUACAUAUAUACUACUGACUGUGCUAUUGUGUUACAGAAAUCUUGUUAGUCUAUUUUAAUUACACUUUUAUAAAAAUCCUCAUGGGAACAUAAAUAAAAAAAAUGAAUGUAUAAAAAUAAAAAAAAAGUAGUGUUUGUAGAUGUAGUGUGGGCAGCGAUACUACAACAAUCUGGACUGACUUUGUCUAUAUAAUUAUAUAUAUAUAAUUUCUAUGGUGCAGUGUGGCACAGCCCACAAAGUGUAUAUAGUGUACAUACUGUUUAUACUGCCAAAUACAUGUAAAAAUACCAAAAUCUUUAAUGUAUAUAUAGUAAAUGUAUAUCUUAUUUACAAAUGGUUUCAAAUUUAUGUGAUUGAACAUCUUAAAGCUUAUUUAUCAAUCAUGGGUAUCUAAAUAUAAAAAUAACAUUUUGAUUUGGAGUAAAUUGAUACUGAAAAUCUAUCAAAGUAUGCUAUGUUGAAUCAUUAUAAUAUGAAGUGUUUGUAAAUGAUGAUAUACAUUAUCUGUUGUGAUGUACCUGACAAAUCAACAGGUGCAUUUAAAACAAAAUAAAAGAUGUGAAGAGAAUUCAUUUAAAUCAUAAGUUAAUACUAUUGUUGUGAAAAUGGUUGAACAUUUUCCUUGUUUAUUUUUGUGUUAAAUCAUCUGUGGUUAAAAUUUUUCAUCCCGUUUGUUAUUUAUAUCUCCUGUUGUUACAUCAGCUUCAUACAUCUUUGUCAUAUAACUGUUUGAAGGUAGAAUCUGUGUCAUGUGAAUGUUUGCAGGUAUAAUCUAUGUCAUGUGAAUGGUUGCAGGUGGAAUCCGUGUUUUAUGAAUGUUUACAUUACAUAUUAUAAAAUGCCAGGUCACUUGUGUAUUCUUUUCUGAUUUGGAAACUAAAAUGUUAUAUCCCAAUCAGCAUUAGAAUUACUUACUUCAUAUAUCUUUAUCAGUAGAUAUCAAUCACUUUUAUGAGAUUUCCCAACACAAAAUUUUGAAAGUAAUUUUUCACUGCCAUAUUUCUUUGAAAGGAAAAUUAUAACUGAUCUCAAAAAUUUGAACUUUAUUGUUAAAUCUACUUACUUUCAUUUCAUAUGCAAGUACUUAUUGUUGCUCUUGUCCUCAUCAUGUUCUGCUACUGACAUUACGCUGAAUUUUCAGGCAUUCUGUAAAGGGCCAAUAUUGAAUAUAUUCUAGACCAAAUACUCGGUUUUAGUACUCAAUCUUAGGGGAAAAUCUCAGUUUUAUCAGUAUAUAAGCUUCAAUUGUAACAGCGCAAUGCUACAGUUAUUGGUGCUUUAAGUAUAAUCGCUGUUUAGGGUAUUGGUGAGAGUGGUGGUAAAGAGCUUUAAUCUAUCUUCUGACACAUACUGCAUCACAAACCUUCAUAUGUGCCUAAAAUAUUUUCUAAAAACUUUUUUGUUUGUUCUGUGAAAAUGAAAUUAAAGAGUUAAUAUAUAUAUAAAUCUUAAUUUAGGAUUAGUGUAAAGAGAUUUUUUUUUUUAAAAACCAGGUUAAAGUUUUAGUGAGUUUAAUUAGAAAUUUGAAAAAUGAAUCAAUAUUUGCUGAAAGUCAUUAAUUAAGAACUUAAUGAAAAUCUUAUACUGUACACAUCAGCUUUUGAUUGGCAAAAUAAUUUUCUGAAAGGAUUUCACACUGAAUGCUAUUUAACAGUUUAAGUAUUUAAGAUACUGUAAUUUGGGAUGAAGCCACUUGAUCAAUGAACUGUCAUUGAUGUCCAAGAAGUCCAUAAUCCCAUAACCUGGUCACUUUUGAUUUAAGAUAUGGACUUUACAAGAGGUGUAAGCCUUUGGUGCAGUACUUGUGUCUGCUGUGUGAUAGCUAAGAACUUUAAAUAGCUACUCAUUCAUUUGUAUUGAUCAUCCACAACGAAAAUUUUAUUUUUCUACGUGUCCUGUUCCUGAUUUAUAAAUACUUUGUAAAACAUCAACAUGGCUGGGUCAGGUGUUAAAACAUCAGCAUGGCUGGGUCAGGUGUUAAAACAUCAGCAUGGCUGGGUCAGGUGUUAAAACAUCAACAUGGCUGGGUCAGGUGUUAAAACAUCAACAUGGCUGGGUCAAGUGUAAAACAUCAACAUGGCUGGGUCAGGUGUUAAAACAUCAGCAUGGCUGGGUCAGGUGUUAAAACAUCAGCAUGACUGGGUCAGGUGUAAAACAUCAGCAUGGCUGGGUCAGGUGUUAAAACAUCAGCAUGGCUGGGUCAAGUGUAAAACAUCAGCAUGGCUGGGUCAGGUGUUAAAACAUCAGCAUGGCUGGGUCAGGUGUUAAAACAUCAGCAUGGCUGGGUCAAGUGUAAAACAACAGCAAAGCUGGGUCAGAUGUUAAACAUCAGCAAAGCUGGGUCAAGUGUAAAACAUCAGCAUGGCUGGGUCAAGUGUAAAACAUCAGCAUGGCUGGGUCAGGUGUUUUUUCAGCUUGCCUUUAUGGUCUAAACAAAUCUAGGAAAAAAAGUUGUGUUAAAAACUGUGACAUUUACCCACACAAUGUAUGUAUUAUUCAUCAUCAUUAUUCAGCAUAUUGAACAAAUAUAUGUAUAUAACAUUUAUGAAAUAAAUAUGACUUAAAAAUGAAUAAAAAUACUUAAUAAAAAAUAUCAAAAUUGAAUGAAAA